AUGAGGAUCUGCUACCUGGCCUUGGCCCUGCUGCUCCUGUGCCUGCUGCCGGUCCCAGGCAAUGCAGGACUCAUAAGCUCCGUGCAGAGGUAUUUUUGCAGGAUUAGAAGUGGCCGCUGCGCACUGACCAGCUGCCUCCCGAAGGAGGAGCACAUAGGCAACUGCUCCCUGGGCGGCCGGAAAUGCUGCCGGCGAAGGAAGGGGCCGGUCCCCAGGGCGUGA